AUGAGGCAUUUUCACCAGUUGCUCGCCGCUGGAGCGGGCUUUUCUUCACUUGCGCAGGCCGUCAACACUCUCGUCGAUGUUGGCUACGCGAAGUACCAGGGAGCCGUCGUUGACUCUCAGCUUGGCGUCUCUGCCUGGAAAGGUAUACAGUAUGCGGCGCCUCCUACCGGCGAACGACGCUUUGCAGCCCCGCAGGACCCUAUCGUCUCCGGACUCAUCAACGCGACUAGGCACGGCGCAACAUGCCCACCUAACCGCCCUGAUGAUUGGACCAUAUCUGGAGCCACCGAUCGCUUCUACGUCGCAGAAGACUGUCUUUACUUGAGCGUCUAUGCGCCUUCUGAAGCCAAAGUCAACUCGAAGUUGCCAGUGGUGGUCUUCUUCCAGGGAGGAGGCUUCUCAUCGCAGUCCAGCGCGAACUGGGACCCUACGGAGAUCGUCUCCGAUGGUCAGGUCGUCUUCGUUCAGUUCAGCUACCGCGUGGGUCUCUACGGUUUCCUCAGCAGUGAAGCGGUCAAGGCUGGAGGUGGCGACGUCAAUGCUGGACUUCGCGACCAGAUCAAGCUCCUUGAGUGGGUCAAGGAGCACAUCGAACAUUUCGGCGGCGACCCUGACCAUGUUGUCCUUGAUGGAGUCAGUGCUGGCGGGUCUUCUGUUGCACUCAUGCUAGCGGCCAACACCGGCAAGGAGCUGUUCGCUGGUGGCAUCAUGGAGUCGGGCGGCUGGGUCACGAUGCGCACCCCGGAACUGGGCGAGGAACAAUACCAGUGUCUUCUCGAAGACAAAGGUUGUGCCAAUGCGACGAACGGUCUGUCUUGCCUGCGUGCAUUGAACGAGUCGGCUAUCCGAACUUCUAACUGCUGGUUCAACCCCAACAUCGACGGCGACCUCUACACCGACUCACUCGUCAACCUCUUCGAACAGGGCAAGUACGCCAAGGUGCCGACCAUCAUGGGAACCUGCGCCCAAGAAGGCACCAAGUACAACGCACCAGAGGAUCUCAACACUACAGCUGAUGCCGUCAAAUGGGUAGCCAACCAGGACCCAAGUCUCAGCAACUCUUCCAUCUCCAUCCUCGAUGAUCUGUACAUGAAGCCUAAGAAGCCUACAUUCCCCGGCAAAGGCCUCUACUGGCGCCAUGCCGCUGAUGCCAUCGGCGACAUUGGCACCCACUGCCCCACGCGCAACAUCCAAAACGCGAUUGCGACCGACGACGUACCAACAUGGAACUACAAGUACGCCGUGCAGGACCCCGCCGACGAGGCCGCUGGCUACGGCGCAUGGCACACCGUCAACGCCUACGCUUUCUGGGGCGUAAACCGCACCGACAACAGCGAGCCAGCCAGCUACUUCACCACCAACGCGCCCAUUAUCCACCAAGUCCGCAGCUACUGGACGAGUUUCAUCCGCAAUCUCGACCCCAACACCGACCGCGCCGAACGUGCUGUCGAGUGGAAGCCGUACACUGGUCCCAAGUCGCGUGAGAGGCUGUUCAUUCAGACCAACAACACCAAGAUGGAGCGUAUGAGCCCUGCGCAGGCGCUUAGGUGCGAUGUUGUUAGGCCUAUGAGCGAUAAUCUUGGGAAGCCGGUUGCGAAAGGUGUUGUUACGAACUUCGAUGCGAAGUUGGCGAAGAAGGUUAAGGGGGCUAGUGAGAGUACUGCUUGGAAGAAGGGGAGGAAGGAUGCUAGGGAGUUUGCUCAAGACUACUGA